AUGGGUGAUCGUCAUCGGAUUCCAUACCAGACUCCUCCAUCGAGCCCUUAUAGAUCUCCUCCAUCCAAGAAUCCUGACGUAUCUCCGCCGAAGGGUGGUCCACCUAGGUUUUCCCAGCCAGAUCCUCGAGCUCAGAAAACUUCAUCUGCGUCUGGUCCCCGAGUUACAUCUACUAAGAGAGGGGAUCCACCGAGGGGUUCUCAGUAUGUUGUUAAUCGUCCUUCUGCUUCUCAGCAUGCUGAGCUGACGAGUGCACCAUCUCCUACUCCUCAUCGUGCUGAACCGCUAGAUAUACAUCCUCUUCGUUCAAUUGCUCCAGCUACUAAGCCUUCUCAGAAAUCUUCGGUCCCACUAUCUACUGCUCCUGUAAAGGGGAAAAUUGUCAAAGGUUCUGUGCGAAGGAUGACCCGUCGAGAAAUCCGCCAACCAAGAGGAAAGCUUCGGAUAUGA